AAAAUGUGAAACGUGAGACAUAACCUUCCCCAGUUCCCACAAUAAAAUCAAUGACAACCGAAAACGAGUGGCAAUGGUGUGAGUAACUUGGAUACUGACAAACACAAUCACAUCGCUUCACACAUCCUCAAAACAUCUCAAACCCAAUGUCCAUUUUUUCGUUUGUUGUUUCCCUCCACCACCGUCACUUUUUGUGUGAAUGAACAGCUAUGACCAGCUCACUCAUUUUCCCCCUUUCCACCUCAACUCUCACGUUUCCCUCACCCUCCACCACCUCCCGAUUCAGAGUCUCCGCCAUGGCCACCAGCGUCGCCACCAAGGUCAUGCCCGCCGUCAUUGUCGGCGGCGGCAGGGUGGGAAGAGCUUUGCAAGAAAUGGGUAGCGGGGAAGAUCUUCUCCUUGGGCGAGGAGAGUUCGUGCCUCUUGAAUUUGAGGGCCCCAUCUUGGUUUGUACCAGGAAUGAUGACCUUGAUUCUGUGCUUCAGUCUACUCCUCCUUCUAGAUGGAAUGAUUUGGUGUUUUUCCAGAAUGGAAUGCUGGACCCUUGGCUUCAGAGUAAAGGUUUGAGUGAUGCAAACCAGGUGUUGGCUUAUUUUGCUGUGUCAAAACUAGGAGAAACCCCUAUUGAUGGAAAGACUGAUACCAAUCCUGAAGGGUUGACUGCUGCUUAUGGCAAAUGGGCUUCUGUUGUUUCUGCAAGAUUACAUGCUGGAGGCCUCUCUUGCAAGGUUCUUGACAAGGAAGCAUUUCAAAAGCAGAUGUUAGAGAAGCUCAUAUGGAUUUGUUCUGUCAUGCUUGUUGGAGCACGUCAUGGAGGGGUUUCUGUAGGUAACGUGGAAAAGGAAUUCCACUUGGAACUGUGUAGCCUUAUAUCAGAACUAGCAUUAGCGGCAGCAAGUGAAAAGGGGUUAACAUUCGAAGAAGGCAUGGAAGACCGCAUGUGUGCAUACUCGCGAGCUGUAGCCCAUUUUCCCACUGCAGUUAAGGAGUUCAAAUGGAGGAAUGGUUGGUUUUAUUCUCUUUCGGAGAAGGCUACUGCCCAAGGCAAGCAGGAUCCAUGCCCUCUGCAUACUCAAUGGCUAAAAGAGUUAAAGAUUGUAUAAGAUUUCAACUCUCAUGCGUCACUGGGUUACAAACUUCCAAGAGUUAUAUGUAAACUGUAGUGACUAGGUUGAAAGAGUAGUUGGUUACCAGCUUGUAAGAUUUAUUCAUGCGCCACUAGGUUAGUAGCUUUCAAGAGUGACUAGGUUUGACAGAGCAAUUCGUUUUAUCAGCUUGCAAGAUUUGUUUGUGUUAGAAGGGAUUGGAAAGACAAUUUUAUUAAACUUUUCUUUUUUGAUACAAAGAGGCCCUGAAAAGUUAGACUGAAAUAGGGAAAGAAAUCCCAACACAAUCAUUACGGAUUAAAUCCCUGCACCUAGGAGGAGGUGAAUCCAUGAGAUGAAUACCCAUCUCCAGCUCACUGCUCAUGGGCUAAUCCCUUUGUGCCUGGGCUUAUCUAUGUGCUCAGUGGUGUUAUUUGAAAUUGAUUUUGGUCCAUCUUUAAUA